UUGCUGACGCUGAAGGCGAAGCGCAUCAUAGACUCGGCGGAUGUGAUUAUCUACGCGGACUCUCUGGUGCAUCCAUCGGUGUGCGAGGGGGCUAAGGCGGGCGCUCAGGUUAUCGGCAGCAAGACGCUGAACCUGGACGAAAUCACUGAACUGAUGGUGGGCGCGGCAACCGAUGGCAAGCUGGUCGCGCGGGUGCAGAGCGGCGAUCCGUCGAUAUACGGCGCGGUGCUGGAGCAGAUGCGGUUGCUGGAAGCGGCGGGAGUGGAGUAUGAGAUCGUGCCGGGCGUGAGCGCGGCAUUUGCGGCUGCCGCAGUGCUGAAGACGGAUUCACGGUGCCGGAGGUGUCGCAGACGGUGA